AUGAAGCUCUUGUGUGCUUUAGUGUUGACCCUAACGAACCUUGUGAUCGCUACCCCAUUUGGUUUCAGCGUGAAAGGUAGCGGUGCGUCAGCGAAAGCUGGUGCGGUGACUGCUCCAUUCGGAAUAUUUGGAGUAGUGCAACCUGUGGCAUCGAAUGCCGGUUAUAGGGGCAGUUUCUCCAAGCCUUCAUCCUCAAUCUCUGCGUCAGGUGGCACUGCUUUGGGCUCAAGUUCAUUUAGUCAUAACAGUGCUCAAGAUAAUCGAGCGCCUUGGCCUGGAUAUGGUACAAGCUUUACUACUCAAGCUCAAGCUGUUGGCCAAAAUAUAUUGACGUUCCCGCAAGUAAAUAAGAAUUCUAUUACCAGUUUCAGUGAUACCAGUAUUGUUGCUACAACUGGAGCUAAUGGCCAAACUGAAAUAACAGGAUCUUAUCCAUCUGAAAACUCUAAUGAUCUAUAUUUAAAUAAUAGUGGCGCUUCAGAUUUUCAAUACCAAGUUCCAUCCGAAAAACAAGAAAAAAAUCCUAGCUCGACUUUAGGUGAAGGUUCCCUGAAAAGUGAAACGUACGAAAUCUCAAAACCUAACGCUCUAAAUUUCACAACAAUUUCAAAAGUACCUGACCAAUCAGUCAAUUUUAAAGAAACGCCGAAGGUGCAAAAGGAAUCUAGCCAAAUAGUAACAGGUGGCUCUGCCUAUCUCACUUUUCCUAACGGCUUAGAAGGAAAUACAGUUCCACAGAUUACAGUGGCAUCUAGUGAGAAUUAUCAGAUUAGUGAGAAAAAACCCAAUUAUAAUGGUGGCUUUGGAGGGCCUCCAGGAAUACUGAAGCCUUUUGAUAAAGGUUCUAUAUUUAAAAGUAAUGAUUCGGCUAACGCCUUCCUAAAUUAUAAACCUAAUGUGCAGUUAAGUGCACCCGUUACGACGAAACCAGAAGGCUUCGACUAUACUCCUGAAAACACUAUAAAACCAUCGUACGCUUAUACAAAUAAAGGGUCAACAGACAAAACGAAACCCACUGUUCAACCACUUAGUAGCGGAUCUUCAAAUUUCAACGCUGAUAUAUCAUAUAAACCUGAAAGAAAUCCCACCUACGCUGUCCAAAUAGAACCAACAUUUGCAAACAACAUUGGAAAACCAUUAAGUGUAUUAAAACCAAAUGACGAUCAAGUUCACAUCUUGCAACAUUUCUAUGAAACUACUCAUACGAGUGAUGGAACAUUGUCACAAUCAAUUGAAGACUCAUCUAAACCUCAAUUUUUCUUGCAGAUACCUUCAAAGUUCAAUAAACCUACUAUUGAUGGGUUCAGUGAAUCAAAACCAAUUAAUAAAGUUCAAGUCGCUGUCCAGGCUUAUCCUAACAAUGGCCCUAAUUCUUCCUCUAACUACAACGUUAAUUAUGAGAAUGAUAAUGCCGGUAAUGAAUCUUCAGAAAAAUUAUCAAACAAACCAACCAAACAGUCCUUAUACACCAGUAGUUUUGGAGCACCAGCAGGGGUACUAAAGCCUUUUGAUCAGUUAUCUCCAAGUUCCACCUUUGCUUCGGCGCUUGAAAAUCCUGAAGUAUAUGAUACAUCAAAAUCUUACCUUGGAUUUACAGUCACAGGCCAAAAGGAAACUACAAACACAGGAGGUUCAUCAAAUAUUUUAUCAGCAACAGAACAGCCAUCUAUGAUUAGCGCUAAUUAUAAUACGAACCCUGCUCCCUUUAUUUCAAGUACUCCUAAAGUCAAUAAGGAGGAUAAUGUUACUAAUACAGUGCAGAUAGAAACAAACCAACCUUCCAACAAACCUUCUCAAAGCAGUUCAUUCAACCUUACAAAUCAAAAAACUCCAUCAUUAUUUAAUGUUGCCUCCUCAGGAGUACAAAGCUCUACACUGGGUUCAAAUUCUUAUCCCAUCAAACCUCAAUCUCAACUCCCAGAAAAGCAGGUAUUUGAGUCCGGAUCGCAGAAUAAACCUUUAUUAUCUAACACUUUUGGGACAUUUGGUACGCCAAAACCCACUAGCUAUCUGGGUAGUACAGCAUAUACUUCUUUCUCUUAUCCUGGAUACGGCAAUAGUGGUGUAUUUGGGUCGUCAGAUAAAUCAAAACCUACAAGUCAAUUUACAACUACGAAUCAGUACAAACCCUCAUUCACAACCAGUUUUGGGGGACAAUCUGGAGUACUUAAGCCUUCCAACCAACCUACUCAAACCAGUAGCACAUUUAUUUCUUCCAACAAACCCACAAAUUACAAACCCGUUGCUACACCUUCACCUUUAAAUAUAGCUAAACCAAAUGAGGAUUAUUUGGUUGCAGAUCCGAAAGAUUCUUCAAUUGUAAACAAUUUCGGAAUAGUUUCUAGUUCGCCACAACAAUCAAGUGAUACAGCACCACAUCAGCCAUCUAUCGUUAAUACUAGUUAUAACACGUCUCCUGCCCCCUUUAUUUCAUCAAAUUCACCAAGCUCUGAAAGUAACGCUGAAAACCAUAAGGAUGCUUCUGGUCCUGCUAUUUCAAGUACUUCUAAAACAGAUAAAAAGGAUGAUGUUACCACUACAGUACAAACAGAGACAAACCAAUCUUCCAACGAACCUUCUCAAAGCAGUUCAUUAAACCUUACAAAUCAAAAAAAUCCAUCAUUAUUUAAUGUUGCCUCCUCAGUAGUACAAAGCUCUACACUGGGUUCAAAUUCUUAUUCCAUCAAACCUCAAUCUCAACUCCCAGAAAAGCAGGUAUUUGAGUCCGGAUCGCAGAAUAAACCUUUAUUAUCUAACACUUUUGGGACAUUUGGUACGUCAAAACCCACUAUCUAUCCUGAUAGUACAGCAUAUACUUCUUUCUCUUCUCCUGGAUACGGCAAUAGUGGUGUAUUUGGGUCAUCAGAUAAAUCGAAACCUACAGGUCAAUUUACAACUACGAAUCAGUACAAACCCUCAUUCACAACCAGUUUUGGGGGACAAUCUGGAGUACUUAAGCCUUCCAACCAACCUACUCAAACCAGUAGCACAUUUAUUUCUUCCAACAAACCCACAAAUUACAAACCCGUUGUUACACCUUCACCUUUAAAUAUAGCUAAACCAAACGAGGAUUAUUUGGUUACAGAUCAGAAAGAUUCUUCAAUUGUAAACAAUUUCGGAACAGUUUCUAGUUUGCCACAGCAAUUAAGUGAUACAGCAUCACAACAGCUAUCUAUCGUUAAUACUAGUUAUAACAUGUCUCCUGCCCCCUUUAUUUCAUCAAAUUCACCAAGCUCUGAAAGUAACACUGAAAACCAUAAGGAUGCUUCUGGUCCUGCUAUUUCAAGUACUUCUAAAACAGAUAAGAAGGAUGAUGUUACCACUACAGUACAAACAGAAACAAACCAACCGUCCAACAAACCUUCUCAAAGCAGUUCAUUCAACCUGACAAAUCAAAAAAAUCCAUCAUUAUUUAAUGUUGCCUCCUCAGGAGUACAAAGCUCUACACUGGGUUUAAAUUCUUAUCCCAUCAAACCUCAAUCUCAACUCCCAGAAAAGCAGGUAUUUGAGUUCGGAUCGCAGAAGAAACCUUUAUUAUCUAACACUUUUGGGACAUUUGGUACGCCAAAACCCACUAGCUAUCUGGGUAGUACAGCAUAUACUUCUUUCUCUUAUCCUGGAUAUGGCAAUAGUGGUGUAUUUGAGUCAUUAGAUAAAUCGAAACCUACAAGUCAAUUUACAACUACGAAUCAGUACAAACCCUCAUUCACAACCAGUUUUGGGGGACAAUCUGGAGUACUUAAGCCUUCCAACCAACCUACUCAAACCAAUAGCACAUUUAUUUCUUCCUACAAACCCACAAAUUACAAACCCGUUGUCACACCUUCACCUUUAAAUAUAGCUAAACCAAAUGAGGAUUAUUUGGUUACAGAUCAGAAAGAUUCUUCAAUUGUAAACAAUUUCGGAAUAGGUUCUAGUUCGCCACAACAAUCAAGUGAUACAGCAUCACAACAGCCAUCUAUCGUUAAUACUAGUUAUAACACGUCUCCUGCCCCCUUUAUUUUAUCAAAUUCACCAAGCUCUGAAAGUAACGCUGAAAACCAUAAGGAUGCUUCUGGUCCUGCUAUUUCAAGUACUUCUAAAACAGAUAAGAAGGAUGAUGUUACUACUACAGUGCAAACAGAAACUAACCAACCGUCCAAUAAACCUUCUCAAAGCAGUUCAUUCAACCUUACAAAUCAAAAAAAUCCAUCAUUAUUUAAUGUUGCCUCCUCAGCAGUACAAAGCUCUACACUGGGUUCAAAUUCUUAUCCCAUCAAACCUCAAUCUCAACUCCCAGAAAAGCAGGUAUUUGAGUCCGGAUCGCAGAAUAAACCUUUAUUAUCUAACACUUUUGGGACAUUUGGUACGCCAAUACCCACAAGCUAUCCGGAUAGUACAGCAUAUACUUCUUUUCCUUCUCCUGGAUACGGCAAUAGUGGUGUAUUUGGGUCAUCAGAUAAAUCGAAACCUACAAGUCAAUUUACAACUACGAAUCAGUACAAACCCUCAUUCACAACCAGUUUUGGGGGACAAUCUGGAGUACUUAAGCCUUCCAACCAACCUAUUCAAACCAGUAGCACAUUUAUUUCUUCCAACAAACCCACAAAUUACAAACCCGUUGCUACACCUUCACCUUUAAAUAUAGCUAAACCAAAUGAGGAUUAUUUGGUUACAGAUCCGAAAGAUUCUUCAAUUGUAAACAAUUUCGGAACAGUUUCUAGUUCGCCACAACAAUCAAGUGAUACAGCACCACAACAGCCAUUUAUCGUUAAUACUAGUUAUAACACGUCUCCUGCCCCCUUUAUUUCAUCAAAUUCACCAAGCUCUGAAAGUAACGCUGAAAACCAUAAGGAUGCUUCUGGUCCUGCUAUUUCAAGUACUUCUAAAACAGAUAAGAAGGAUGAUGUUACCACUACAGUACAAACAGAAGCAAACCAACCUUCCAACGAACCUUCUCAAAGCAGUUCAUUAAACCUUAUAAAUCAAAAAAAUCCAUCAUUAUUUAAUGUUGCCUCCUCAGGAGUACAAAGCUCUACACUGGGUUCAAAUUCUUAUCCCAUCAAACCUCAAUAUCAACUCCCAGAAAAGCAGGUAUUUGAGUCCGGAUCGCAGAAUAAACCUUUAUUAUCGAACACUUUUGGGACAUUUGGUACGCCAAAACCCACUAUCUAUCCGGAUAGUACAGCAUAUACUUCUUUCACUUCUCCUGGAUACGGCAAUAGUGGGGUAUUUGGGUCAUCAGAUAAAUCGAAACCUACAAGUCAAUUUACAACUACGAAUCAGUACAAACCCUCAUUCACAACCAGUUUUGGGGGACAAUCUGGAGUACUUAAGCCUUCCAACCAACCUACUCAAACCAGUAGCACAUUUAUUUCUUCCUACAAACCCACAAAUUACAAACCCGUUGUCACACCUUCACCUUUAAAUAUAGCUAAACCAAAUGAGGAUUAUUUAGUUACAGAUCAGAAAGAUUCUUCAAUUGUAAACAAUUUCGGAACAGGUUCUAGUUCGCCACAACAAUCAAGUGAUACAGCUUCACAACAGCCAUCUAUCGUUAAUACUAGUUAUAACACGUCUCCUGCCCCCUUUAUUUCAUCAAAUUCACCAAGCUCUGAAAGUAACGCUGAAAACCAUAAGGAUGCUUCUAGUCCUGCUAUUUCAAGUACUUCUAAAACAGAUAAGAAGGAUGAUGUUACUACUACAGUGCAAACAGAAACAAACCAACCAUCCAACAAACCUUCUCAAAGCAGUUCAUUCAACCUUACAAAUCAAAAAAAUCCACCAUUAUUUAAUGUUGCCUCCUCAGGAGUACAAAGCUCUACACUGGGUUCAAAUUCUUAUCCCAUCAAACCUCAAUCUCAACUCCCAGAAAAGCAGGUAUUUGAGUCCGGAUCGCAGAAGAAACCUUUAUUAUCUAACACUUUUGGGACAUUUGGUACGCCAAAACCCACUAGCUAUCUGGGUAGUACAGCAUAUACUUCUUUUUCUUAUCCUGGAUAUGGCAAUAGUGGUGUAUUUGGGUCAUUAGAUAAAUCGAAACCUACAAGUCAAUUUACAACUACGAAUCAGUACAAACCCUCAUUCACAACCAGUUUUGGGGGACAAUCUGGAGUACUUAAGCCUUCCAACCAACCUACUCAAACCAGUAGCACAUUUAUUUCUUCCUACAAACCCACAAAUUACAAACCCGUUGUCACACCUUCACCUUUAAAUAUAGCUAAACCAAAUGAGGAUUAUUUGGUUACAGAUCAGAAAGAUUCUUCAAUUGUAAACAAUUUCGGAACAGGUUCUAGUUCGCCACAACAAUCAAGUGAUACAGCUUCACAACAGCCAUCUAUCGUUAAUACUAGUUAUAACACGUCUCCUGCCCCCUUUAUUUCAUCAAAUUCACCAAGCUCUGAAAGUAACGCUGAAAACCAUAAGGAUGCUUCUAGUCCUGCUAUUUCAAGUACUUCUAAAACAGAUAAGAAGGAUGAUGUUACUACUACAGUGCAAACAGAAACAAACCAACCGUCCAACAAACCUUCUCAAAGCAGUUCAUUCAACCUUACAAAUCAAAAAAAUCCAUCAUUAUUUAAUGUUGCCUCCUCAGGAGUACAAAGCUCUACACUGGGUUCAAAUUCUUAUCCCAUCAAACCUCAAUCUCAACUCCCAGAAAAGCAGGUAUUUGAGUCCGGAUCGCAGAAGAAACCUUUAUUAUCUAACACUUUUGGGACAUUUGGUACGCCAAAACCCACUAGCUAUCCGGAUAGUACAGCAUAUACUUCUUUCUCGCCUCCUGGAUACGGCAAUAGUGGUGUAUUGGGCUCAUUCACAACCAGUUUUGGGGGACAAUCUGGAGCUCAAACAAGUUCAUUCACAAGUCAGAAUAAACCGCAAUCCAGCAGUGACUUUGGAGUACAAAUAGGAAUAUUUCCUUCAAAUUUAGUUUCUUCAAAUACACCUCUAACUUCUAAACCUUUUGUUUCUCCUGUAUCUUUAAAUAAAUCACCACAAAAAGUGUCUGAAUUAAAUCAUUAUAAUUUGGAAUCAGUAACUGGUUUUCAAUCAGCAUAUGUUCCAUCAAAGUCGUCGAGUCAACAAUUUUCAGGUAACUCGGCUUUAUUUAAUAUACAACAGAGUGACUUCCAUUUAUCGAAACCCAACAUACAAAAUUCUGUAAUAGGUCAGCCAAUUAGUACUACUGUUCAACUGCCGUAUGCAGGUGGUUUUGGAGGUCCAGCGGGUAUUUUAAAACCAAAUGAAUUUAGUGCUCCCGCAAACCACAUAAACAUCCUAUCACAAUAUAAUCCAAACCAUUAUAACCAAGCCUUGGCUACUCCCCAUCGUGAACUUAAUCUAGCUUCAUAUUCUGGGGGGUUUGGUGGAUCGUCAGGUGUACUGAAACCUGUUAAAAAAGAAAUAAACACCAGCGCUGGUAAUACCGUUAAUGACAACCAGUACUUUUCAAUUGUACAUAGCAGUGGACUUCAAGGCACUUUAACUGAAAAUCCUGCACAUUCAAACUAUAAUUUAAUACCUAAUAAAUCUUUAACCGAAGUGCAGUCCAAUUUCGAGCAAAGUACCUUAGGAUCUAAAGCUACAGAAGAAGCACAAAGUGGAGUGGAAUAUCAAGCAAGUGUUGCUGCUACUAAGGGUGCAGGCGAAUUUAUUAACCCCAGUCACAAUAUACAAAGUUUGGAACGUUCUAUUAACAAUGGUGCUAGUAGUGGCAUUGGACUCGAAUUACCAAAAAACAAUAAAUCAUUGAAUGGUCAGAUUGGUGGAUUAAAAAUAUUAAGAUUGAUAGCGUCUAAUCAGGGCUCCACUGAAAAUGGUAUUAGUUCUAAUGCUUUUGGAAAAAGCUUAGCACCUGGUUCAGCUAUCGCGCAAGGGUCUUCUGGAUUUAUUACUAAAAAUGUUUUCGGUCGAAAGUAA